CAGCUGCCUAUAGACCCGGUAGGGCUCUUCUUAUGAUGGUUGCCUGAUAUUGGUAAGACGCCAAAGCAGGACUGAGAGGUCACCUGGAUAUGUCUCAGCACUCCAUUCCUCAAGCCAACUGAUUGCUACUGAAGCCAUCACUCUGUAAAUGCCACUUCAUUCCUUACAACACAAGAGUAACUGAAGAUAUGGAUAAAUCUCCCUCCAAACCUUAUACCACCAAGAAAAGGGUAAAAAUACAUCCAAACACAGUGACUGUAAAAUAUACCUCCCACUACCCCCAGCCAGGAGAUGAAGGAUUUGAGGAUACAAUUGAAGAUAAUGGGAGUUUUCUGGAGGAAAAUCCCAAGAAAAGGCUGCUAGGAGAUGCUAAACAGAAGGGAAGGACAUGUUUCGGGACUAUGGAUGCAAGGCCAAAACAGAUGGAAGACCCAGACAAUGGAAUUGCUGAGCAGUUACAAAGUUUUGCAGACAGUUCCAUAUUCCAGUCACGGAAAAUGUGGGCAGUGCUGUUUGGCUCUGCAUUAGCUCAUGGCUGUGUUGCACUCAUCACCAGACUGGCUUCUGAUCGUUCCAAAGUGCCCUCUUUGGAGCUGAUCUUUAUUCGCUCAGUUAUUCAAGUGCUGUCUGUGCUAAUGGUAUGUUACUACAAAGAGGACCCCUUUGGCCCUUCAGGGUACAGGUUACGGCUUUUCUUCUACGGUGUGUGCAAUGUUAUUUCCAUAACCUGUGCCUACACAUCCUUCUCCAUUGUUCCUCCAAGCAAUGGAACCAUUAUGUGGAGAGCAACUACCACUGUCUUCAGUGCUAUUCUGGCCUUCUUGCUUCUCGAUGAACACAUGCCUUAUGUUGAUUUGGUUACUGUAGUUGGUAGUGUAUUUGGUGCAUGUUUGGUCAUGAUACCCAAUAUUGUUAAUGAACAGAACUCAUUCCUUGGUGUAUGGAAAGAGGCUUUUGGUUACACCAUGACAGUUAUGGCUGGGUUGACAACAGCACUUGCAAUGAUCAUCUACAGAUCUAUUAAAGAGAAGGUCAGCAUGUGGACUGCUCUCUUUACCUUUGGUUGGACUGGAAGUGUUUGGGGAGCAUGUACUAUGUUUGUGCUGCAAGAACCAAUCAUACCACUGGAUGGAGAAACCUGGGGUUACCUUAUAGCUAUCUGCUUGUGUUCCACUGUGGCAUUCCUUGGUGUUUAUUAUGCAUUGUAUAAAUUCCACCCAGCCUUGGUAAGCACUGUCCAGCACUUAGAAAUUGUAGUCGCCAUGGUCCUUCAGCUUCUUGUCCUGCGCAUGUUUCCAAGUGUUUAUGAUCUAAUAGGAGGUGCUGUCAUCAUAAUCAGUGUAUUUGCAUUGGCUGGUUACAAACUCUACCUGGGCAGAUUAGGACGACAAGAUUACCAUGAAAUACUGGACUCUCCAAUCAAAUAAGAUGCUACGCCACAAUCUACACUGACUUUUUCUUUGUUAGUAAUGAUGUUGCCUACUAUACAUUCCACUCUAGAGUGACCAAACACAAGAUUCUGUUGCAGAUAUGGGGGAGCAUUUUUACAAUAGGACAAGCAGAUACAGACUUAAAUAAGUAAGUUUACUUACUGGAGGCUGACUAAAAUGCAAUCCAUAUCCAAUUAAUUUCACAAACCAACUGUUGCUUGGAUUAGCAUCCUAAUUUAUUAAGCAGGUGUGGAAAGCGACUGCUUAGUUAUACCAUGUUAUCAUGGGUCUGUCAAUUUACUACAUACUGUGUGUGCACACUACAAUACAUAAAUAUAUAUGUUAGUUGUGCUUAAGGGCAGAUUUAGAAAUGUGUGUUUAAUAUAAACAUACAAACUCAACCAUGUUCUAUUCAUUCCUAUGGAAUUUUAGAAGCAUAUUUAUGAAAUGGUGAGUUCUAACUUUCACCCAUUGAUAAAUAUGUUUCCAAAAAAACCCAUAGGAAUGAAUAGAAUAUGGGUGAUAUUUUUUAUGUACUAAGCUCUGAACUCACAUUUUGAUAUAUAUGCCCCUAAGUGUGACCACAUUUUACAAGCAAUCCAACAAAUAUAAACCAGGGGUGCUCCAAAUUUUUGCCCACAUUACUGCAUAUACUGAAUAGUUGGCAUCCAUUAAAAACUGAUCUGCUAAGAUAAUAUUGAGUGCAAAACUAUGCAAUAUGCUAUGUUGUACAGUAAAUUGUUCAUAUGUAUUGGUGGGCAAUUCCCUUUUAAUUGACACAAAAUGAUUUUUUCAAUAGGUUUUCCAUUUAUGGGAAAAUUCUAGCAUAUUGACCAUAUUUAUUAGCAGAAAUUAUAUAUCAGUAGUGCAUAUAAGUUUAUUGCUUGUCUUGGUUGCCACUAAAGUCCACAGUACAAGCUCUAAUUACUUGGAGAGCUACUGUUGUUGUGUAAAGGCUGAACCAGGUUGGACGGCUUACUGUAUUUACCAAAAAAAUAAUGCAAGAUAACCCUUAUUUAUUAACUGGGUGUUUUACUUUUAAUUUCACUAACCUUUCACCUGUAGCUGUUUCGCCAAAGGCAUUAAGUUGUGUUACUCUUUUUAGAUCUUUACUCAUUUGUUGGCCACCAGUCAGCAGUGUAGGAGUAUGCAUGCUUGUCUGUAAGCACAUACAAUUCCAAUAUCUGUAAAGGAAAGUUGUCAUUAUAAUGUGUAGGGCUCCAUUACCAAUAACAAUUUGUUUAUUUGGUUUAACUUUUGUUUUUGUAAUGUGAAAAUACUUGUGCCACAUAGAAACUGUAGUUGUUCUGCUAUGCUCAGUGUGGCUGAGUGGCACUGGAUAUGCACCAGAAAAAUCAGACAUAUGUUUCCCCAUCAUAGUCGGUAGACAGGGCUCUGGGCAUUACAAAAACUUAUAUUUACCUAGCAGCUGCACUGCUAAAUUGCCUAAGGCCACUGCUCAGAGUGUAAAAUCUGUGCCAAUUGUCAGCAAAGAAGUCUGUUUGAAUGAUGAAUACUAUGUUGCUGCAUUAUAAUAGCGACUCUAUGUCAAUCUCUUUGGUGUCAGUACUGUACAUGAGCCAAAAGCACUUACUGAUCAUUUGCCUUUCAAUCUCUUGGAGUUAUUUGUUUAUUGUGCCUAAAGUGGCAAAAUAAUGACUCUUCUUGAUUGCUUUCUAUUUUUGUUAACUGUUUUACUAAAAAGAACGAAUGACCAUGCCUAUAGCAGCGUAUUAGGCCUAGAGGCCGACUCACUAAACACUUGCCAUUUAAUACAUUAGUUGCAGGUAUUUCUAAGGAGCAAUAACAUCUUCAUCCCUGCCAACUUGAAGCUUUAUUAGGGUCUGAUAACUGUAAAAGCUACUCUGUAGAAAACUUCAAAGGGCUGAAGCUGCUGAGAAAUGCCAGCAACCGAUGUAUCUAAUUUUUUUUUUUUUUUAAAAAGACAAAAAUAAUAAAGCUAAAUUGUUAAAGCCAAUUUCAGUGUAGUACUGAUUCAAAUUAUGAUUUGUGAAAGUAAGUCUACAUUUAAGUGGGUUAUUAAAGCAGAAACAAAGUAAAACUUCAAAAAUUAAAGUGGUAUACCUCCUUAAAUACCCCCUUGUAUUAAAACCUGCACUCUAGCUGGGGGUAACAGAAGUGUGUGGCCAUGUUUGUCAGACACAUGUGCAUAAUAAGUGAAUCUCAUUGCUCAUUAUGCGCAUGUGUGUUACAUUAGAUUGGGGGAUUCCUUCCCACGCCCUAUGUCACCCACAUGGGACACCCCAUGCUAAAACCUAGGAGCUCUCCCUCUCUGUGCAGGCUGCAUAGCACUAGCUUGGACCAUUUUUGCCCAAUAGUAUUGUUUCUCAAAGUACAGUCUUUAUUAGCCGACACCUCCAGUGGGGAAAAACAUUUUUGCUAUGAUAGGGGCCAUUUAACCAAGUCUAAUUUGGUGGACAGGGGUUUCCUUUCAGUCAGUGACACAAUUAUGUACCUCUAGUUUGCUUCUAUACAAAGGUUUAUUAAACUGCAAAUAUUUUUGGUAAGUGGAGUAUAAGGAAAUUAACCCAAAAUUGUUACAGUGUACCAAACAAGACAGAAAAAUGCUCUAGAUGCUGUAGGGGAAUACAACUGCACAUUAGUCAGUAUAGGAAACCCACACAAUGCUGUGUUCAGUAUGAAACUUUCUACAGUCUCUCGGUUUCAUUAUAUACCAGCUCCCUUCCAACAUUUAGUAACCCUGGCUAACCAUCAUUCAUUGCCAUGGUAGAUCCAAAAUAUGUGCCAAUGUGUUAAAUAUUGUGCUGGUGAAGGAGUGUCAUGUUUUUGUCUAAGAAUCUGUGCAAUAAAAAAUGUAAUAUAAAA